UUGACGUCAUGAGAGUGGACGUCAUCUUGAAUGAAAAUUUCUAAAUUUUAUUAUUAAAUUAAAUUCAAGAUUUGUAUGACCUGUAUGUUGCGUGCCUGAUAUUUAACUUUAUAAAUUGGAAAAAUAGUAUAGUGAUGUAUAUUUAAUAAAAAAAACCAGUGUAAAUUAAGUGACGCCAUACGCUAUUGUGUCAGUGAUGUAAUUUAGGUGAUUGGGUGGCUUCCUCUCCUAAGUACCACAAUGGAGGAAUCUUCAUUUACUAUUCCAGCUGAUGACAAUGGUGAUACUGAGCUCGAUCCUAGAAUACAGGUUGAAUUGGAGAAACUGAAUGCAGCCACUGACGAAAUUAAUAAGCUCGAGCUGGAAUUAGAUGAGUCAGUAAAAACAUUUCAUCUGCUAUUGAACGAGACUUCGCGUCGGCUGCAGACGCUCAGCAAGCGGUUGGGCAGCUGCGUGGACAGGUCCCGGCCGUACCACAAGGCGGUGGAGGCUGCAGCCGCUGCGAGGACAGACUGCCAGCGAGCCGCGGUGCAGUUUCAACGAGCCAGUGAGCUGCAUGCAGCGGCCAAGGAGACGGUGAGCUUGGCGGAGCAGCGCUUCGUCAGUAAACAGGAUGAGUGGCAGUUCGACAGCAACUGGCAGGAAGUCCUCAACCAUGCCAUCAUCAAGGUUAUGGAUGCAGAAAAAAGAAAGACUGAGAGUGGACGUGAACAUCAAAAGAAAGCUGCGGUAUAUAUCACGGCAGAGAAAAACGUGACUCAGUUAGAGGAGAACUUGAAACGGAGUAUAAUUAAAUCCCGAUUGUAUUUCGAGGAAAAGAAGCUUUGCGAUGAACAGCUCCAGAUGCAGAACGAGAAGAUAGAGAAGUUGCAGCGUCUGAUCGCAGAUGCUAAAUUCCGGUACGCGACAUCACUGAAGGCGUUAGAGGAAAUAUCCGAGGAGAUACACAGACGAAGGGGGGAGUACCCGCCGGGUAAGGACCCUAUACCUGUCGGGCCACGGGAGCCAGGCGUCGGCGCAGAACGGGACCCCGUACAUGAUGAGAAUCAACUGGAACCGAAAGAAUUCGAAAAAGAUGAAGAACCAAGUCUGCAAGAACUGAGGAAGAGAGUGAGAGAACUCGCUCUGAAGCCGAUAGACCGAAGUGAUGUGGACACGGAUGAGGCUUGGACGCAGGAACUGAACGAGACUAUAAACAAAUUGGAUCAGCUGCUCAUGAUGAAGGAGAACAAUCAGCAGAAGAGAUCCAAGUUUACAGCGAGUUCUCCGCGGAACUCGAGCGCUCCUACCACCAGCACGAACACAGCGCAUAGGAACUGUCAGCCGCCGAGCGACAGCUGGAAGACAGAGUCUAACUUGACAAGGACCAAGUCAAUCAGUCGCGAUGUUAUCUUCGAGACUGUGAAUCCUUUAAGUAAGACUGAAAAGUCUAAAAGUAUGAUGUCUUUAGAUGUGUUGGCGUUGGCUCGGGACGCGACUAUGAUGGACCGUGAAUCGUAUUUAAAAGCGGUUAUAGAAGAUAAAUCUCCGACAGGCACUUAUACAGAAAGUAACUCCGAUUGUAACAGUCCUGAUGAUAUCCUGAUGGUGGAAUGUGACUCCAGUGACUCCUUGCAGAAUCCCGUCAUCAGGAUGACGAGCUCCGUCACCGACAGUGAUCACAGCUAAAUUGGCAACUCUGUCAAAUGUCCCAGCGACGUCUGUAAUACAUUUUUAAAUUGUGAUUUUUUUUAUUUUUGUGUACGAUGAGUGAGAUUGAAUUAUUGUAUUGUAAGUCAA